UGUUGAUUAGGGUUUUCAGUUUAUCGCACACAAAAAAAUCACAAUGGAAUCGGAGACGCCACAGAAGCAAAACAACGGCGAGGGAACGGCACCGAAGCCUGCGAUGAGAAAGCCGGUCUUUGUAAAGGUAGAACAGUUGAAACCUGGGACGAAUGGUCACAAUCUCACACUCAAGGUCCAGACUUCUAGCACCGUCUUGCAGAAGAAAGACCGUAAUCUUCCUACCCCUAUCCGCGGUUCUUCUGGCCAGACUCGCAUUGCUGAGUGUCUCGUCGGUGACGAAACCGGCACCAUUCUUUUCACCGCUCGUAACGACCAAGUUGAUUUGUUGAAAGUUGGCAGUACAGUAAACUUCCGCAAUGCAAAGAUUGACAUGUUUAAAGGAUCCAUGAGAUUGGUUGUGGACAAAUGGGGACUAGUUGAGGUUGUUAAUGAAUCUGCUAAUUUCGAGGUUAAAUUGGACAACAAUCUGUCUGCCAUCGAAUAUGAACUGGUGAAUGUUGUUGCCCAAGAGUGAUCAAUAUGAUCGAUGGCUCUAACUGGAGUUGGGAACUGCUGCUGGGUGGUAUAAAUUAAGCAUUUUGUCAUGAACGGUUUUUACCUUCUUAAAUUAGAUGUGUUGGGAAUGGUAUAAAAAUCAUGGUAAAGGUCAUAAAUAGUACUUUUACUGACUAUGGAUCUUUAUUAUCUUGUUUUGAAUUUUACUUGAAAUUUCUAGAA